ACUUAUGGUAUGACAGAUGGCACCAGGGGUAAAGCGCUGUGUAUUUUCGAAAAAGUCACAUCGUGCCAGAACCAGGUUAUGUCCGGAGCAUUCUAGGUUGAGCGCUGCGCUAUAAAGCGAGCAGACUCGAGACCUUCUCUCGCCAAGUCGAGUUUCUUGUGUUGUGUUUAUCUUCGCCAACUCUUAUCUUUUCACCGAACUGUAUUGAAACAGCGGGAUGUCAACGGAGUCGGUUUCCAUAUAUCCCAUCCCAUCCCGUCUUCAGGAUGGUCCGGAGGUGCCCUUCAUUGGCCCAAACAUAGAAGCUUACAGGAAGGCACAUGCCGAGAGUGUUGGUCCCAAUGCUGACAAUUGGUGGGCGAAGAUGGCUCUCGAGACUCUUCAUUGGGACAUCCCCUUUCAUACCGUAAGGUCCGGUAGCUUCGAGCACGGCGAUGUCACUUGGUUCCCCGACGGCUACCUGAACGCUUCGUACAACUGUGUUGAUAGAUGGGCAUAUCGUAACCCUAACAAGACUGCUAUCAUAUACGAGGGCGACGAACCCGGCCAGAGCGUCGAGAUCAGUUAUGGACAACUCCUUCGCGAGGUAUCUUGCGUCGCCAAUGUGCUCAAGUCGUGGGGCGUAAAGCAAGGCGACACUGUCUCCAUCUACCUGCCCAUGACUUGGCAGGCCGUCGCUGCGUUCUUGGCCUGCGCGCGCAUUGGUGCUGUCCACGCUGUUGUGUUCGCCGGAUUCUCGUCGGAGUCUCUUCGGGACCGUGUCAAUGAUUGCAAGUCGCGGGUCGUCAUCACUGCAGAUGAAGGCCGUCGCGGCGGCAAGACCAUCGCCAUCAAGCAAAUCGUGGACAACGCUCUCAAGGCCUGCCCCGAGGUCGAGCAUGUUCUCGUUCUGAGGAGAACUGGCAACGAGGUCUCAUGGACCGAGGGAAGGGACAAGUGGUGGCACGAGGAGACGGCCAAAGUCCCAAACUUCUGCCCGCCUGCCCUCCUGUCGGCAGAACACCCUCUGUUCAUCCUCUACACCUCUGGUUCGACUGGGAAACCAAAGGGCAUCGUGCACACCACUGGUGGCUAUCUUCUCAAUACAGCCCUUACGCUCAAGUAUGUCUUCGACGUCCACGAGAACGACCGAUUCGGCUGUAUGGCGGACAUGGGCUGGAUCACCGGGCAUUCAUACAUCGUGUACGGUCCCCUGGCGAACGGUGUAGCGACGAUUGUCUUUGAGUCUACUCCGGUAUACCCGACGCCCGGGCGCUUCUGGGAGGUCGUAGACACGCAUAAGCUCACGCACUUCUACACCGCACCUACUGCCGUCCGUCUUCUCCGCCGUCACGGAGAACAUUGGGUAGAGAAGGCUGAUUUGAGCACGCUCCGCGUCAUCGGCAGCGUGGGCGAGCCCAUCAACCCCGAGGCGUGGCACUGGCUGAAUGACUACGUCGGACGGAGGCAGGCCGCCAUCGUCGACACGUUCUUCCAGACGGAAACGGGAACUGUCGUCAUUGCUCCCUUCCCAGGAGCGAUCGAGUGCAAGCCCGGAUCUGCGACUGUCCCGUUCUUUGGGAUGGAGGCUGCACUCCUAGACCCAGUCACCGGAAAGGAAUUGGAAGGCAAUGGUGUUGAGGGCGUGCUAGCAUUCAAGCGUAGCUGGCCUUCCAUUGCUCGUACUGUCUGGCAAGACCACAGCAGAUGGCUCGAUGUGUACCUCAAGCCGUACCCUGGAUAUUACUUCACUGGUGAUGGCGCACUCCGCGACAAAGAUGGAUACAUCUGGAUUAAGGGUCGUGUUGACGAUGUUAUAAACGUUUCCGGCCAUCGCCUCUCCACCGCCGAAAUAGAGUCUGCACUCAUCCUUCACGAUGGUGUCGCUGAAGCGGCGGUCAUCGGCGCAAGCGACGAACUGACUGGGCAGUCUGUCCACGCCUUUGCGACCUUGAAACCUGACUUCGAAUAUGACAGCGAGGCUAGCCUCGUGAAAGAAUUGUCAGUGCAAGUUCGGAAGACAAUUGGGCCCUUCGCAGCCCCAAAGAAGAUCUACAUCGUCCCCGACUUGCCCAAGACGCGCUCGGGCAAGAUCAUGCGCCGCAUCAUGCGUAAGGUGGUCGCGGGCGAAGGUGACCAGCUCGGCGACCUGAGUACGCUCGCAGACCCGUCGAUCGUUGAGGUCAUCAAAGCCAAGGUUGCCGCAGCACAUUGCUAGACUCAAAGGAUUCUCCAUGUGGCUAGACUACCUUAAUGUUGUGUCGUAAAGUGUGCACUUAUGUAAAAUUACCUGUAUAGUUACGUAUAUAACUUUAAAGCAAGAAUCGCAUACAAAUGCA